AUGCUUCAAAAGCUUAGCCUGCGCGAACAAUGGCUUCACUCCUCGCCUAGCCCACCACCGUCGUCGCCAUCCUCGUCGUUGGCUGCGGCACCUACCGCGGUCGGCGCCGCCGAAGCUUCCAAGGCGAAAACAUCCUUCUUCGGUGGUCUUAUGAACAGCAUUAGCACGCUAAUCAAAGCGCCCAAAACACAAACGCCUCCUCCUUCGUCAACACCACCACUGCAAACCCUCAGCGACUCGCCACAAAUUACCAUCACCAAUCAGACACCACCGGUCAAAAUUGAACCUCCUCCGGCGUCGCCAUCGCCGUCAUUGCGCCAUGCCAAGUCUUCCGCCUCCACACUGAAACCACCCCCUUCGCCCACUCCUUCCCUGAAGAAGCAGAAACGUUCCGAGGUUCCACCCUCACCAUCGCCAUCAUUGAAGAAACCGAAAACCCCCGAAAUUCCUCCAUCUCCGACGCCAUCCUUGAAGAAGCACCGUAAACACAAGAAACCGAGCCCCUCGCCAACGCCGUCUGCGGGGAGUGAGGAUGCUGCGUUCGACGAAAUGUUCAAAGAUGAUCUGAGCAGUGGUCGCAGCACUCCGCUGUCCAAGCGCCGAAGCCGACCAAAGUCCUCCGCCAAAGUUCGGGACGAUGCUGACGAUUUUCUCGAACAGAUCAAGAAGGACCAGGCUGCGCUGGAUAAACGCAUGAAGAAGGUUGAGGCUAAGAAGUUCCAGAGCAACAUGCAGUCAAUCAUGUCCGCGGUCGAGGGUCCCCGAAUCGUUGGGGUGCGAAGCGAGAAGGACGUCGCCAAGUUCUUCACCUCAGCCAAAAAGAAUCAGUUUGACCAGAAACCGAAGCAACUGCCCAACAAGGACGUCUCCGCUUUGCAAGGUGUCAAUUUGUCCAAGUACUUCCCCACCAGCAGCAGUUCGACUCCUACCAGUGCAAAAGCUAGCAUUGGAUCUCCGUCUUCGGUCUCUAGCGUAGAAGGUUCCCCCAUGAUGCCCCGCAAGAAGCCGGACGAUGUUGAACUUAUGAAAUACUUUGGUCCCAGUACGGCAAAGUCCUCUCCGUCGACCCCCUCGUCCUCGAUGGUCUCACCGGCUAUUUCACGAAAGAACAGCGUAGAAUCUCCGGGAGUCGUACGGAAGGCAGCUCUCAUCGUUACUUCUCCCAAACCAGUCGCUCCAGCAGCAUUAGCUCCAAAACCUCCGGUUGUGCCUCUUCCACCCAAAAAGAAUAUCCUAGCUUUCCAGGCUGUCAAAAAAUCCAAGACCGAAUCCGCCAUGCCGCCAUCUACCCCAGUUAAAAAUGCACUUGCCUUCCAACCUGUGGCCAAACAAAAGUCACCUUCACCCAAACCUGCAACGAAGAAGGCUAACUCUCCGACCAAAAAACCCGUUCCGAAAAAGUCCCCCGACUCGGACGAUAAACUAUUCGAUGACCUGCUGAAAGUGACUAGCAAACAACAAUCCCCUACCAAACCCGAACCCACAACUCCCGAAGAUGACCUGUUCGAAGAUCUGCUCAAAGAAAUUGACGGGUCACCAAAGUCCACCCGUAAGAUCCCUUCUCCCAAGGUCCAAAAAAAGUCCCAAACCCCUCCGAAAAGACAAUCUCCCAACUUGGACGAAAAGCUUUUCGAUGACCUGCUAGAGGAAGGCGACGAAUCUCUACUCGACAACUUUGACGAGAUCCUUGGCCUACCUAAGAAGCGUCAGAGUCCCAAACGUACCAAGAAGAAGUCCCCUCCCAAAAAAUCUCCGCCGACCACCGAAAAGCUUCCCAGUGCCCCCAAGAUGACAAUCAAGCGCCCGCCGUUCAAAAUCGUCGUCCCGGUCAAAAUGCAAGAAACCCUGGAGGAAAUCUACCUCGCCAGUCUGUCAAAACUCGAUUCGCGUUCAGCGUCGAUGACCAGUUUGAACAGCAAAGCCAGCGAUCCGGGUGAUCUAGGUAAGGUGGAGGAAGCUUUCGAGAAGUUACUCGAAGCACCGGAACCGAUUCCGGUCGGUAAACCGGCAGAACCGCUAAAGAUUCAGCCCUUUCAGGCCCCCCAGACGCGGACCGAGUCAAAACCGAAUGGAACCGAACAAGAAGAAAAAGCUACUAGCGAGAAGGCGAAGAAGCCGAAGCAGGAGAGGGCCGUGGUAUCGCCGGUACUGCCGCUAGAUGCCACACCCGCACCAACACCAACGUCCGUGGCGAAGAAGAUCGUACCCAAACAACCGGAAACACCGAAAAUGCAACGUAAAACUACCGUCGAUCAGCAACUUUCGAACGGCACAGCAACUACGGAAGCGAUCAAAAAGGUUGUGGUUGAAGAAUCGAGAAUACCCGUUUCAACUCCCGUUUUGUCGAGAAAGGUAGCAACUUCUCCGGUGGCAACACCUGCAAUGGCUAGGAAGGCUCCGCAAAGCUCGCCGCUCACGGUACGGAAGACGGAAACUACCACAGCGCGUUCUCCAGCAAAGACGAUCGUUGAAUCUACAAAAUCAACCGAGCUAACGCCGGCGAAGGUGGUGAUCUCUCAGAAUGUCACCACCCCGAAAUCCAUUACCAUUGUUCAAAAAGUCCUGCCGACAAAGUCCACGGUGGAAACUCCGACUGUAGCUCAGACCAUAAACUCUUCAACUCCGCAGAGUACUCCCGUAACGGCUCGCAAAACAGUACCUUCCAAACUUUCCGUCGGAGUUGGAACAGAAUCGAAGGUUGUGAUUCCGAAUUCGAUUGCUCCGGAGAUUCCCAAGUCUACUCCGGUGGUGGCUAGAAGAGCUGUGAUUUCCAAUACUUUAACGGAUAACACAGCUCAAGUAAGAGUUGAACCUUCGAAGACUCCAGUGGCUGCAGAAGCGGGCAUUCAGCAGAUCAAGUCUAGCACUCCCAAGUCUACUCCGGUGAUGGCUAGAAAAGUAGCACCUUCAAGUACUUUAACGAAGGCUCCAAUGGUCGCUGCAGAAUUGGCUGGUCUACAGAUCAAGACUAGCGCUUCCAAGUCUACUCCAGUGAUGUCUCGGAAAGUUGUACUCACAAGUACACCUCAAGUCGAAGUAGUCAAACCCUCAGCUGCCGCAGAUACUAAGACUAUUAUUGCUAAACCUACUCCAGUGAUUCCUCCUAAAGCUGUUCCUGCGAACUCCACCGCCCCAGACACUGCACCUGCAGUGUUCGAGGUUACUAAACCUUCCACACCGCCAAAACAGGAAGUACAAACCCCCAUUGCGAGUGCGACAAAGGCAGAAGUCCUACCCCAGCGUGAACGCAAAAUGUCAUCCGAUGAAAUUUGUUUCGAAGAACUACGCAAGAAGCACGAGGCUAUCUUCCGUGCCGCGGAGGUGAUCUCACACGAACCUCCCAAAAACACCGUUGAUAACCAAAUCCAACUGGUACAGGUCCGAGAAGUGGAAGUUCCUCGGACGCUCUCCGAAUUCCGCAGCACCAUGAUUACCCGGCAUCCUCAUCGCUCGGAGGACAAACCGGACGAGGAAGCUACUCCGGUACUGCGGGACAAAAUCAACGAACUGGCCAUGGAAAUGAUGCCGGGAGCGAACCUCGACGAUAUGGCCGAUGAAAUGGCCGUCCCGGCGGAACGGAAAAAGUCCUCCUUCCAGAAGAUGUUCAACAAGCUUCAGCGUGCCAAAACCAUUGCUGCACCGGAAGGCUCUUCGCUGAAGAGUCUUCUGUCGCCCUUCCGACGAGAGGAGUGCAAAAUGGAAGUCAUUCGUGAGGGAUCUAUCAAAAAACCAUCGCCGAACCCUGCGAAGCCUAAGCCGUCUGAAGAUUCCAAGGAUUUGAUGCAGAUCAAUUUGGAUCGGUCUACUCAAAUCAAGGAGAAGUAUGUCAAACAGAAUGCACCUUCUCCUCCGAAACCAGUGCCAUCUUUGCCGAAGGAGCCCGCCGCUCAGCCAUCAUUAGAGAGGAAGACUUCAUUCAAGAUUCAGUCCAAGGUCACUGAGAGUGAGGAACAGAAAAUGCCUGUGCCAGUGGAGCGAAGAUCUCCCGUUAAAAAGCCAAGUCUUCCGACUGCUGUGGAUAGUGCGCCGAAACCACUCGAGAGACGAUUAUCUACGAAGAGUCAACAAGCUUUGUCAGUUGUAGAGCCUCCGAAGCCCAUGGAGCGCAGAGCAUCCUUCAAAAUGGUGGUUCCGGAAGACAUUGACCAGCAGCUUAGCAUUCUUAGUCGUGAAACGAAAGACAAAAACGAGAUUUUGAGCUUUGAAGAUCUGCUGAACAGCGUUGAAACGGUUGAGGUGAUCAACCUUGACGACUUGCUCUCGUCUGAGGAUGAAGCCGAUCGAAAACCUGUUAAGUUGGCUACCCUAGCGGAAACCAAACCACAACCGGCACCUCGAAGAAAAAGCCCGAGUAUUCAGGUGCCUUCAGUUAUUAGCUCUAAUGUAGAAAAGCCGGCUACCCCGAGGAACAGCAUUGGCUCGCUAACUGAAAAAGAGUUCAAUCAGACAACGAAGGAAUUGACGGAAAAGUUCCUUACCUCAAAAUUGCAGACUGAACCGAAGCAGGACAUCGUCAAGAAAGUUGAUCCGAAGUUGGAGCUAAUGAUGACGACAUUGACUGAUACUACCGACAUCCCGGAACAAACGGAUUUGUUAUCGAAGGUGGAUGAUGCAGAGCUCAUCAACACCUCGCUUAGCGCUCUUCCGGACAUCGUCAACAUGACCAAGAAGCCGAUCGAGGAACCACCGGUCUUGAAGAUCUUAAGCCACACGGAUAAACUAAAGCACAUAACCUCGCACAUCCCACAGGAAAUUCAAGUCUACACUCUUCAUACGGAAGACCAUAAGCCCGUUGAACCGCAACCAUCCACCAGUGGAAUGAGCGGUGACUACGCCAGCAUUCUGAGAGACAUUUCAUCCGGCCUGGUCGGAACGGACAUGGUUGGACCCGUUUUCUACGAACCGCCUCCAACGAUGGAUAAGAAACCGAAAUCGGACUUCACCACCUACAAGCAUAUGUUGGAGGAGAAAGCGAGAGAACCGGUUGACCUAAGUCCGCAGCAACCACAGCGUCCACUUCGUAAACCGAAGCAACUGGAGCGAAGUGUUUCGCCGAUGGUCGGUAAACCGUUCGACAACUCCAUCUGUAUUGAUCCGAGGCGCGCAAAGAAGUCUUCCAGCAUUGACAAUCUGGUCGUUGAACAGGUGUUCGUCAAGCAGAACAAUAAAGUGGUCGAUACAUUCUACGUGUUGCCAGAUCAGCACAAGCAGCUGAAGCGUCGGUCUAAGUCGUUCGAUAGGUUGGACGUGCCGGGCUAUUCCAAACCGGGUAGACGACAUAGUAAGAAAUCGUUGGAAGAAUUACGUGACUUCGGUUUCGAUAUUGAGCCACCGUCGUCGUGCAAGCAACUGGUGAAUCCUCGACUUCGACAUCUCCAUAUGGAUGGGUCGGAUGAGGACCUGUCAAAUUUGCGCGAGAACAACCGGAGGAGAGAGAACAUGAGAAAGUGGAAAUCGUCUACUGAUGCGUCCAAACUGGAUGCGGAAGCUAUCCGGGUUGAUAUUGAUAGGGAGUCUCCGAUUCCUCGUAGCACAGACUUUUCUAAGUGGGAAGCCAUCUUGGAUCGUGGUGUUCCGUACUAUAAGGAGCCCACGGUACACAAGAAAGAGGACAUCAAAGCGCUAGAGCGAAGGCUGGAGGACUUGAAGGUGGAGUGUAAGCCACGUCGGAAGAUUUCCGGUAAGACGGCUAUUCCUAAAGACUACGAUCCGGAGGAAUACGUUCCGAGGAUCAACCGUAGGGCGAUGGAUUCAUUUGAAACGCCCGAUUCAGACCUACCGAAGUGGUACGAUCCGGAUGAAUAUGUCCCGAAAGCACAACGUGGACAUCAUCACCAUGAAGUUGACGUACCCAUCAGUGUUGCCAGAUCUCAUCGUAUGUACGACUCGGAUAUUAAUACGAGCAGUUCCGGUCGACCGCAACGAACCUCCGCUUACGAGGUGGACGUUCCGAUCAGCCGCACCGGUGGCCGGUACUAUCCGGAUACGAUGCAUCUGGACGAUCUUCCAAUGUCGCACACUCUACCCAAAUCGAAGACUUCCUCUCACGUGCCGUAUACAUCGAGUAGAACGAGCGAUAUGCCUGCUAGGGAUGUCCCGAAAACUAGAUAUUCCCGUCGGACCACAGCUGACAGUAGCAACAUUGUGAACCGCAGCCAAAGACUUCACGAGAAGGCGAACAAGUUCAUUCGCUCGCAAGUGACCAGGAAUGACCCAAAUCCCUACAUUCGUGAAAUGCUGGAAAACGAUAGCGAUGGUGAUACCUAUCCUAUGACUAAAUCUACCGCUCAUCGCGCACCCAUUACAAGCAGCUCAUAUCACCCAAUAUCCACCUAUGGUUCAUCCGGUUCGGCAGCCAUGAGUCGCAUCACGACCAAAGCCAUUACCCAACCAUCUCGAAUGACUCACUACACCCGUAAGGACGUUCCUUCUUCUUCUGCGGGUACCAGCAGAUCCUACCGUAGAGGUGGCGACCCCCGAGGAGACCCCUCCAAUCGCCGAGACAACUGUUCCAUCUCCUAGACAGUCCCACUUAGCAAAUGCCUACCCCCACAUCAUAGAAAAUUCGCCCCGUUUGGAAGCCAUAAGUCAAAACUCGAACAUUCAUAGCCAAAACAUAGAAAAUACAUCGAAUUACUAGUCCACCCUCCCCCUACACCAAAGACAAUAGAAACUAUCCCGGAUUUUGGGUACGAUUUAAGCUGAAAUGAAGGAAACUGAUAGACGAAAGCAAGCGCUAAAGACAGAGAAAGAGAAAACGAGAGAGAGAGAGAGGUAAU